ACGGUGUCGACGAUGGUCAACCUGCGCGACGCCUUACUGAACGGCCUCAAAUCCCUACCUGGAACACGCGAAUUUCACCUACAUGUUCUCGUCUCUUCACCUAGAAAACACAACGGCCUUUACCCCUACGCUCAACCUCGAUGCAGGUCCUAUCUACAGGACGUUCUGAUCCUACUUUCUGAACAAUCGACGCCGGAUUCACCAAGAGUUUUCGUCACUGCAAUCGAAGCAUGCGUCUACAACCUCCCGACCACAUCGUCCGCGAUAUUGUAUAUUUCAAAAGUUGACUCUACUGGCCAAGGCUCUUUCCCCUCACCAACGGCUACACUCGUCAUAUCGUUCCUUUCGUAUUAUGCUGAUCCUGCGACUAGCCCCAUCACAGUCGAAAAUCUAUGGAUUCAGCUCUUUGCUCGAGCUCAGAACCAAUAUCUCUUUCCCAACUCUUCAGAAUUCAGUGGAAAACGGCCAUUAAACGACGUGAAGCUAUGUGGGUGGUGGAAACGAGUUUACACCAACGUGGUAAACAAGAUAACCAACCGCUUGCCUCCGACAGCCUUACUUAAACUGUACUAUCUCAUUCCCGGAUACAGUCAGCUCGAGGCAGAUCACUCAUUGAAUAUUGCUGGAUCCUUAUUCCCACCUCACGAUGGUCCUCGGUGGACUUAUGGACAUCCAUUUUCCCAAACCGAGAUCCCGUUGCCCUGUUCAAUAAAUAGGACCGGUUCCGGUACCGAGGACAUCGUGUCCUGGAACCUCGGAACCGUUAUCCCCUCGUUCGAUGAUGAUCCCAAGUCGCGUUUCAUGGACGAGCUUGCACACACCGACAAAGAAGGGCUUAAGUCACCGCCACGAAAACGACCACGAACUGUCUCAAACACUACCGACAACGCUGGAACCAUGGGUCCUGUUGCAGACAAGGUCGAUUCUGAGAAACCACUUGGAGAGCUGGCAAAGGUCACUCCAGACGAGUUUUGGGAGCGUAUGUCAUUCAGACAAGAGUGCGUAGCGGGAGCUGUCACUGGGUUUUUUACAAUGGUUAUUAGGCUUGCGGCCGAUUCACAAGGGGGAAAUGGGAAGAUUGGCAACAUCCGGUCAGCGGUCUCACCCCUUGCCCCUCGAGCCGGACAGGUAUCUUCGAAUUUAAACAAACGGGUCAUCGCAUCGCUGAUGACUGCCGUCGAAUUUUCAACACCAGAGCGUGCUAUACAUGCCACAGAGUCGAUUGAAAGUACCAUCAAAGGAUUGUGUGAAGGUAUCACAUCCAUAUCUACGCCAAUUUUUAGAGCACCUCGCCCACAGACAGCGAAAAUGGAGGGAUCUCAGGGCCACGACCCACCAGCAACGUCCUUGGAGCCGCCCAAGACACCUCCCCCUCGUAACAGAAGACUGCCUGACGUAUCUCCAAACCCAUUUCCGGAGCCCGAGCCCACGUUGGAGACCUACAACUCCUAUAUUUAUGGAUCGAUAUGCGUUAGUAACGCGCCGAAGAGCCAAAAUCAGAAAGUUCUCUAUGGAGCGAAUGAAAUGCCAUCUGCACCGCAGGUGACUGUCCUGACCGUCCGGAAGAAGAAGAAAAGAGCCGAGUGACCAUGACAGUCGGAUUGGAGACGAUGAUUGGAUCAUGAUGGAUGCUGGACAUGUAUGUAGAUGGAAAAGAUAUGAAUUGUGUUGUACUUCAAAGCUCGGCCCCAUGACAGACGUCGGGAUAAAAUGUAUUGUGCUCUAAGACCUAUGUACUUACACCGGAAAGUUGUGGGCAUUGGAAACAGUAGAAUACUCGAUAUAGGGACACCACGUCUGAUGUUGCUAUGCCAGAAACUGAUACACGAAACAACGC